AGGCAAGAGGGCCUCCCUGAGAAAAGAACAGUGAUUUGUAUUCCAAUAUAUAAUAUAAACAGUGCUUGAAUUUACCAAACUAACAGGUACUUGCUGGCAAAUAUAUAUACUUAAGGGCAGUGCUUUUUUUCUAUUAAAAAAAGGUGCUGGAACUCACACACAUCAUACAACCCCGCCUUGCCUACCCUAUAACGUUCCAUCCAAAAAAGGUGCCGGAACUCCGUUCUGGGCGUUCUAUGAGGGGAAAAAAAGCCCUGCUUAAGGGAGAGAGAAAUGCUUCCUGCUUAUGCAACUUCACAAGGAAAUAGUAAAAGUAUAGCUACAGAAUUAUAACCUUUGUACUUUGUGUCCAGCAGAUAAUAGAGUGUGAAUUAAUACCAGUGCAACUUUCUAGGUGCCUCUUCAGAAAAGCCUCUACUCUGACACCAAGCUAUGGGACGAAAAGUGGCAAUUAUUGGGGCAGGAGUGAGCGGGCUGGUCUCUAUCAAGUGCUGCCUAGAGGAAGGACUAGAACCCACCUGCUUUGAAAAAAAUGAUGUCAUUGGAGGACUUUGGCAAUUCACAGACAUUCCUGAAAAGGGAAGGACCAAUGUUUACAGAUCUGUGGUGAGCAACACAUCCAAAGAAAUGACCUGCUUCAGUGACUUCCCAUUUCCAGAAAGCUGUCCUAACUAUGUGCAUCACUCCUUAGUCCUGGAGUACCUCAAGGAUUACGCUAAAUAUUUCCACCUUCUGGACUGCAUUCAGUUUAAGACAACGGUAUACAGCAUCAGAAAACAUCCAGAUUUCACAACUACUGGACAAUGGAUAGUCUACACAGAGACUAAUGGAACCCAGACAGCAACUAUCUUUGAUGCAGUUAUGAUUUGCAGUGGUCUUUUUACAGAAGUUAAUCUACCCUUAGAUUCUUUUCUUGGAUUGGAAAACUUUAAAGGUCAUUACAUGCAUAGCUGGGAAUACAGAGAUCCAAAAGGGUUGGAGGGUAAAAAAGUUCUGAUACUUGGUGCUGGGAACACCGGAGGCGAUGUCGCUGUGGAAGUGAGCCGCACAGCUGCCAAGGUCUUUCUCAGCACCAGAAAUGGAACCUGGGUAUUAAGUCGCAUGUCAAAAACUGGGUGGCCUAAUGAUAUGGUCUUCCAAACUCGAUUUCUAAAUUUCAUUCAAAGAUUUCUUCCUGUCAGCAUUAGGGACAAGUUAUUGGCAAAGAAAUUCAAUCAAUGGUUUAACCAUAAAAAUUAUGGAUUGAUCCCCAUUAAAAGUUCAUUGACAUCCGUCAUUAUAAAUGAUGAACUGCCCAGCUGCAUCCUCUGUGGUUCAGUGAUUAUAAAGCCAAACGUAAAGAGGUUUACUGAGACUUCCGCCAUAUUUGAAGAUGGAACUGUAGAAGAAAAUAUAGAUGUGGUCAUUUUUACUACAGGCUAUGUUGCUUCAUUUCUCUUCCUGGAAGAAUCUGUUCGCAAUGUUUGCAAAAGCAGUACAUCCUUAUAUAAACAAGUAUUCCCUCCUCACUUGCAGAAGCCCACACUUGCCUUCAUAGGUUUUAUAUCAGUAACAGGAUCUAUUCUACCAGCAGUAGAACUUCAGGCUCGCUGGGUUACAAGAGUGUUUAAUGGAUCUAGUAAGCUGCCUCCAGUGAACAGAAUGAUGAAUGACAUUGCUAAGCAGAAGAAAAGGCUCCUUAAAAAAGCACCAAAAGUUGUACGAGAUGGCCAAGUUUUGUUUCUCUCAAGCAAAAUAUUGCCGGAGAUAUUAUGUCUCAAAGUUGCUGGAAUCUCAGAGUCAUACUGUAGAAGGCUGCGGUAUGGGGUCAAACAAAUGACUAUAUCUCCGCAAGUAUUGCAUCAGCAAACGUAACACUUUACCAAUGUUCAUUGGGGACAUAUGUGCAUGUUCAUACAAAAUUUCGUCAAAAUCCACGAUGUUUGAGCAGGGACCCCCAGACCACUUGACAUGGAAUGACCCACAGGAGAAUUACAGGGAGAAGGUGUUAUAAUGCUCACCUUUUUUUUCUGUAAAAUUCUGUGGAUGAGGCACAGUACAAAAUCUGACCUAGAAGCAUCUCAGUUAUUCAACUGUGGUAACUAUCCAGAAUUGUGGCUCCUCUGCAUGGUUAGACACUUCUAAUUAGAUUCUUCUGAUUUCAGGCAACAUAUGUUUGGUCUGGAUAUAUAUGACAAUUGUUUUUGUUUUAAUCAGGAAUAAUAUUAAGAAACGCGAAUAAUAUCCUAUUGGCUUUUUCUUGUGCUACAGGAGAGAGAGUAAACAGACCCCAGAGGCAAGGCAAAACUUGAGGAGACCUGAGCAAUUUACUGCUCUGGGUGGAAGAUAAUUUACUGGUUUAAAGCAGGGGUCCCCAACCCCUGGCCCAGCAACCAGUCCGCACAAACAAGCAAAGCCUCAUCCAUGGGAUACAGGCAGCACACAAAACCACACACCCUCUGGUCUGUGGAAAAACUUCUCUCCAUGGAACCGGUCCCUGGUGCCCAAAAGGUUGGGGACCUCUGUUUUAAAGGACAUGAAUGUCCUUUACAUAUGAAUGGGUCACAUUUAACUUCAGAGAGGAAGAAACUUUUCUGUUGUUCUAUUUCUAUUGUUUCUGAUGUUUCAGAUAUUGCAAGUUUCCUUUUUAGUUUCAAAAAGAAAACUCAAACUAUUACUCAACAGGAUCUAUCAGAGUUCCUUUCCCUAUAAAUCAAACACUAACUGAUAGACACAUCAGGCUAAGUCAUAGCUUAAUGCAAGUAUAGAGGUUUUUAUUCAUUGAAUAUGAUAUUGAACUGUAAAUUGCUGCUGCACCAUUGGAACAAAUUGCUACACAGUGAGUCCAUAAUAUUCCAUGUUCACUGAAAAAAUUGUUGAUUAUUGUGAAUAUUUCUUCCCCAGUGGUUCUGCCAGGUAGUGGGCAGCAAAAUAAUAUGUGUUCCAGUAUAUCAUCUGAAUCAGGAACACACUCAAAGAAAAUUAAUUGUGCUUCACCAGCAAUGUCAGUGUUUUCGUCCAAUUGAAAUGCAAAUUUUUCUCCUGCUGUGAUCUUUUCCACUACUUGUUGAAUAACAUCUGUGGCCAUAUCUUGUAUUUGUCUUUGGAUGGUGUUAUCAGAACAUGGAAUAUUAUGAAUAAUAUCAGCCAUUUUUUCAUCAAAGAGAAUUAAAGCAAUUGCAAUGGCAGAGGGAACCACGAUUUUUCAACGAUUGUGUGAGGCUUAUUUCGUUUUGUUGCUAUCAAGGACAAUUCAUAAGAUGCUUCCAGACACCUUUUCGAGAUGGUUGUGAACUUCAUGAAAAAGCAUGGCAUUUUAUAAAUUUGUCUUUCUUCUUCACAAAAGAAACUUUUUGGUGUGCUCUUUAUGUUUUGUUGUAAAAUGUCUCUGGAGCAAAAAAGGCUUCUGUCAUGGUUCCGAUAGAUGAAACCAGUAAAAGAACUUCAAGGCAAGAUUUCUUCCUUAAAGAACAUUUUAUUAGGAAACAAAGUAUUGGCACUUACAUAGUUGAACCCAAAACUGAAAUUCCCUCCCUCCAGAUACAAAGUAACAAGUUGCAAUUCCCACCCCAAAGGAGCUGUCAGAAAUCACAUUCUCCAAUUAACACAAAAUGUGGGCUUUCCUUCCCAGCUUCUCAGCCCGCCAAAACUUUAUCAAGUAAUGACCUUGAGUUCCCACACAGCUGCAGUUGUUAUGGUGAACUAAACCCUCAAGCAUUUACUCCAUCCCCCCCUUCUACAUCUUAACUUCAAAACAGUAAAUAAGGCAUUCUAAAGCAAAGGUAAAAUGGCUGCUAUUCUCAGUUGUCAGAGCAUUGACAUCCAUUGUCACAGCAUUGACAUCUGGCCCCCCUUAAUAGAAAGGAGUAGUCCUGCGAUUUAAACAGAAGCAUAUGUUAAGGGUUGCUCCUAGGCUUAUUAGGAUGUUUGCUGUAAAAUUUAUGAAUAAGUCUGUUAGCUUUAACAUCAGUAGAUUUUACCCAAGUUGCAUCUGACAGUGGGUAGCCUUUCCACUGUACUAAAUACUGUAACGUCCCUUGGUAUAACCUAGAAUCAAGAAUACGUUUCACUUUGUAAUGUGUUUCCCCAGCCACUAACAGAGUACCAGGAGCUUUCUUGGGAGGAGGUCACAAAGCUGAUUCACGGAAAGGUUUUAAUAAUGUCAUGGUUCCGACAGAUGAAACUCUUCAAAGAACUUUGAGGCAUUGUUUACCUUAAAGAAUCUUUAUUUGAGUAGCAUAGCAUUGGCACAUACAUAGGCAAAGCCAAAAUCUGA